GAAGCAGGCAGAGAGGGUUUUCGGAGUCCCCGGGGCAGAAGGGUGGGGUUCCCAGUGCGGAGCUGCGAUAAGGAAGAUUGGGCAGUGGAUGUCAAAGAGAAGGGUCGAGGAGAACUACAAAAUUCCACUAACGUUAUAAGAGCGGUGAAACCCAGGACAAGGAAAUGCAGCAAGGCUGGUGAUUUUGGUGAUAUCACAAAUUGGCCAACACCAAGCGAAAUAGCAAACAAUGAAUGUAAGACUGUAAGUCACAGUAAGAAGCCAACAAAUAGAAGAGAAAAGGAGGAGAAAUCUGAUCAAAAAAGCAAUAAUGGAAUCAAGGACAACCCAGAGGCAAAGCCAGAUGGUCCAGGAGAUAACACUAGCGAAGAUGAAGCUCAAACUAAUAACCAAAGGAAAAAAGGCAACAAGCAGAAAUGGGUGCCACUUCACUUGGAUGAUGUAAGGUCAGACAGUCAAGAAAGACCAGGCUCUCGAACUAGCUCAAGAUUUCUGCUGGAAACAAACAAGUUAAUACCUCAUAACAGACGGAAUGAGACAAGAAAUUGGCGUCGUGAUAGAGAAAAGAGAGAUGAUCAUGAUGAAGUGUGCAGCGUGAGAAGUGAGGGUGGCAGCGUCCGAGGAUUCUCCAGAGGCAGAGGAAGAGGUAGAGGCAGAGGAAGAGGACGAGCCAGAGGAAACCCCAGAAUGAACUUUGAAUAUUCACUUGGUUAUCAAGAACUGUAUGGUGAAAGAACUGACCAAAUAUUUCAACCUGAGCUUAAUGCUGGUGUGAUGUAUUACUAUAGUGAUGGAACAGGAGUGCAGAUGUAUUCUGUGGAUGAAGCACUUCUCAAAGAAUAUAUAAAACAUCAAAUUGAGUAUUAUUUCAGCACAGAAAAUUUGGAAAGAGACUUCUUUCUGAGGAGAAAGAUGGACCAACAAGGAUUUCUGCCCGUUUCAUUGAUUGCUAGCUUCCGUCGCAUGCAAGCUCUGACUACAAACGCUGCACUGAUUUUGGAGGCCCUAAAAGACAGCACAGAAGUUGAAACUGUGGAUCAGAUGAUAAGAAAAAAGGUUAAUCCAGAAAAGUGGCCAAUUCCAGGUCCUCCUCCGUGCAGUCUGCCACCAACUGACUUUUCUCAGCUCAUCAAUUGUCCAGAAUUCAUACCAGGCCAAAUUUUUGGCUCACAUACUGAGUCUGCACCAAGUUCCCCGAGAAUGGGAAGCCCACUGAAUCCGAAGGAAAACACUGAAACAACUAAUUUUCGGGUAAUGUCUAAAGGAUUGUCUACAAGCUUGCCUGAUUUGGACUCUGAACCUUGGAUAGAAGUGAAGAAGAGGCAUCGUGCAUCCACAGUCAAACUAAAGGAAAGUGUUCCUGUACCUGAUCAAACAUCAGAUCAACAACAGCCACCCCCACCUCCAGAGGAACAAGAACAAGAAGAACUUGAUUUUUUGUUUGAUGAAGAGAUGGAACAAAUUCAAGGUCGGAAGAAUAAAUUUACUGAUUGGUCGGACAGCGAUUCUGAUUAUGAAAUUAAUGAUCAGGACGUAAACAAGAUUUUGAUUGUAACACAGACACCACCAUAUAUGAGAAAACAUCCUGGUGGAGAUCGUACCGGCAACCAUGUAUGCCGUGCAAAAAUUACAUCAGAACUUGCUAAAGUUAUUAACGAUGGCUUAUACUACUAUGAACAGGAUUUGUGGAUGGAGCAGAGUGAAAAUGACACUGUGAUGAAGCAAGAGAUUGAGAACUUUAAGAAGUUAAAUCUCAUUAGUAAGGAAGAGUUUGAUAGUCUUGCACCAGAACCCAUUGCUGAUCCAACCCAAGAAGUUCUUCCAGGACCUCCAGGGUUGCAGAAAGAUUUAGCAGUGGAGCUGGCUUGUAAUUUAAGUAUCGAAGUACCUCCAACGUCAGCAAUAGCUCGAUCGCUGCCAACAGCAGUUCCAGAUUCCCCCUGUGUUCACCCUGGCGUCACCCCACGAACACCUCGCACCCCGAGGCUGCAGGAUCCCAACAAAACACCCAGGUUCUACCCUGUGGUUAAAGAAGCACGAUCCGUUGAUGUAAAGACUCCAAGAAAAAGAAAAACACGACACAGUACAAAUCCUCCCUUAGAAUGCCAUGUUGGUUGGGUGAUGGAUUCCAGAGACCACAGGCCGAGAACUUCCUCUGUGAGCAGUUCCAAUGCUUCGCCUUCAGAAGGAGCUCCGCUAGCAGGAAGUUACGGGUGUACUCCAAAUUCUCUUCCAAAAUUUCAGCAUCCUUCUCAUGAACUGUUAAAGGAAAAUGGCUUUACUCAACAGGUGUACCACAAGUAUCGUCGCAGGUGUCUAACGGAGAGGAAACGGUUGGGAAUCGGCCAGUCCCAAGAAAUGAACACACUUUUUCGUUUCUGGUCCUUUUUUCUGAGAGAUCACUUUAACAAGAAAAUGUAUGAAGAAUUCAAACAACUUGCUCUAGAUGAUGCAAAAGAACACUACAGGUACGGAUUGGAAUGCUUGUUUAGAUUUUACAGCUAUGGCCUAGAAAAGAAAUUCAGGCAAGAAAUAUUCAAGGAUUUCCAGGAAGAAACGAAGAGAGACUAUGAAGCUGGUCAGCUAUAUGGACUGGAAAAAUUUUGGGCUUAUCUAAAAUACUCUCAGCACAAGACUCCAGCCAUUGACCCCAAACUGCAAGAAUACCUUAGUAAAUUUAAGAGACUGGAGGACUUCAGAGUGGAUCCUCCUAUUAGUGAAGAAUCUGGCAGAAAGAGACCGCUUGCUGCAACAGGUGAGGAUUCAGGUCAUCGCAGACAUCAGUCUAACUCUUCUAAAACACCUCUUGGCGCUAAACCCGCCGCUGCCCGUCAGUCCCAGGCACUGGGAAACAUUACCAGUGGGAAUACUGUGCAAGCAUCCACAGGCCAGAACGGUGCUGCCACAAAAUCUAUAGAAAGCGAUGUACCAGAAAAAUAG